AUGAACAACAUCAACCUCGACUCGGCCAAGGACACGUUGUGCAAAAACAUACUCAUCUACGGGUACUGCAAGUUCGAGAACAAAGGGUGUGCGUUCAACCACACCCAGCCCCCACCCCCGACUCCCCAGGUGACCGCGACGAUGGCGCCUGAUGGCAAGCGCAAAUUCAACCUCAACACCCCCAGCUUCCAGCCGGGGGUGGCCCCGGGGGCGCCGUAUAGCCCCGGAAGUAAAGACGCCGCCGCCCCCCUCGCCAGUGGCGCCAGCGCCGCCGAUGGCGGUGGCGCCGACAUUGGCGCCCGCGACCACGACGCCCACGCGGCCAGCGCCCACGCUAGCGCCAACAGCGCCCACGCUAGCGCCAACAGCGCCAACAGCGCCGGCGCCGGCGGCGCCAACAUCAAUGCCGCGGCGCUGGCGUUGAAAAAGUUCAAUGUGCUGACGCCGCUGUUCACGCCGCUGACCAAUCUCUACGGCGGGGGCGCGACGCUGGCGACGCCGCCGCCGCAACAGGUGACGCCGACUCCCGGGCUGCCCAACCCGUACUCGAUGGCGGGGGAGAUGUAUUUUGGCGGCCACCCCGGCGCCGGGGCCGGCUACCCGUUGCAGUACCACCUCUACGCGCCGGCGCCGCCGCCGCGCCUACAGAUGGCGCUCCCGCCGUACGAGACGAGCGCCAGCGCCAUGUUCAUUGCCAACGACUUGCGCCAGGAGUUGCAGCGGCGCAACGAGGCGACGCUCCAGACGAUCCCGCGGCUGGCGCUCCCCGAGCACGUGCAUGUGUAUCACCUGUUGGUGCCGAUCGACCGGAGUUACGACGCGCUGCUGAAGACGUGGCGCGUGGCGCUGACGGUGUACAAGCUGUUUCUGAACGUCGACGGCAACCCCUACGCGUUGCGCCGGCUCGACUUACCCUUUGACAUCGUCGACGACGGGCCCCUCAAGUUCGUGAAAAAGUGGCGCGGCGUCAAGAACGCCAACGUCGUCCACGUCCACGACGCGUUCACGUCGUACGCGUUUGGUGGCGAGAGGCCGCAGCUCAUCGUCGCUUACGACUACUACCCGAACUCGCUGACGCUCUGGGAACACCACAAGCGGCUGGUGGGGCGCAGCGACCCGGUGACCGAGGAAACGUUGUGGGUGUACCUUGUCCAGCUUGUCAACGCCCUCCAGGCGAUCCACAGCCACGAGUUAGCGGCACGCCUGCUGAUGGAGGUCCACAAGAUUAUCGUCACCCUGAAAAACCGAGUGAGACUCGCCGGUUGCGGUAUCGCCGAUAUCUUGGCUGCCGGCACUUCCGGCACUUCCGACAAAAGUUCCGACACUGCUGCCGACACCAGUGCCGACGCGAAUCUCGUCACCUCUAAGGACACCAUUCGCUACUUACAACGACGCGACAUCGAACGUCUUGGCAGGGUGCUUUUGGACUUGUGUUCGCUCACGUUGCCGCCGGCGCAGCGCAACAACCAGCCGGCGGAGCUCUUGCGGUUGGUGGAGACGCUGGCGCCGGGCCACUUCAGCCGCGAGUUUUUGCAGGUGCUCACCACGCUCAACACGUCGCUGGACGACGUCCCCGAGUUCGACUUGGCGGCGUUCACCCAGCGGCACUUGACGCUGAAAAUGAUGGGCGUGAUCAACGCCCUCGAAGACCAGGCCGAUUAUGCCGAAAGUCAGCUCACGCUGGAGCUUGAGAACGCCAGACUUUUCCGGUUGAUGGCUAAGCUCAAUUUCGUCAUCGACCGCCCCGAGCAGAAGGACUGGCUGGAGAACGGGCCCAAGUACAUCGUCAAAUUGUUCCGCGACUACAUCUUCUUCCAGUACGACGAGUUCGGCAAGCCCGUCGUCGACUUGGCGCGGGUGCUCACCAACUUGAACAAGCUCGACGCCGGCAUCGACGAGAAGUUCUUGUUGGUGAGCCGCGACGAGAAGAACUGUAUCAUUGUCAGCUACAAGGAGAUCCGCGACACCAUCGACUCGCUCUUCCGCAACUUGACCCGUGACUAG